AUGUCGUCAUACCAGAUGCAGUUUAUGAUAAGACAAUCGACCACAAUAUUUAGAUAUUUGCACAUUAUUCUCUUCACAACGAUUCUGUUAGUUGGGCCAACAAUACAAGCCGAUGUAAGUGGUUACAUCUGUGAUGACCUUGUUGUGUCGCAUGAUGAGGCAGUAAAGGUCGCUCAGCUCGCCUCUGAAUUGGUGAAAUCAGUAGAUGUUCGCUACAAGUUCCCUGCAUUGUUAGAGGAUACUCAGCUAUUUGGGAUAGAGGGUGAGAAUCUGUUUGUGGUGCCCUUUAGAAGGUUUGGCUCUCUGCGUUCUGGUGGGCACAAAGGGCGGGAUCGAGUUGUCAUAGAUGCCUAUGGCAAAUUUAUAGGUGUUAUUUAUGAUACUAACGAUGCAAACGUUAAUCCUUUGCCUGCCUAUCGAAAAUGUAGGCCAUUUCUAGAUGACAAUCACCUAGAACUUGAAAAAUAUAUAGACGAUGGAUACCAACUUGCUGGGUUUGCGUGUGGCUCGAAUUUUUUAGACCGUGAUGUCGAGACUAACAUGCACAAUAAAUGUGUUGAAUAUCUCAAUUCACCUCCAGAAAUUCAAAUUAAAUUCAAGUUUUCUCGGAAUAGAUGUGUAUCUCGGGGAAAUAAUGAGCUUUGGUUUAGAUAUGACACUGAUAAAAAUUAUGAUAAUAAACAAACAAAAGCUCCUAAUUCGUUCAAGGUGAAAUUUAAUACACUAUGUACAUUUUUAAACAUAGAACAGAUAUCCAAAAUUAACUCGAAUCAGAAGCCAUGUUUACAUACAUGGACUGCGAUACCACCAGCAGAGGCCACUAUGACUGACUCUUUGUUUGAUACUCAAAGCACAAAUUAUCUAACUAGUAAUGAAUUUUAUGCGUGCAAAAACCACGUAUUUAGGAUAUCAAGCAUCCAAAACUAUAUAUUCCGUAUUUUUAGUUUACUGAUCGAUAAUUCGCUUCCAAAUAUAGAACGCAUGAUGCAGAGGCAAGAUGAUAAAUUGAUAUUGUGGCCCAUGCCUUUGCCCGAGAGGCACGUACCAAGCUUAAAAUAUCCACUCGCAUUCUCGAUUGGAUUUGAUGAUAGUAAUCAAUUUUCUGGAAUCUACGUUGUGAGGAGCCAUGAUUGGGCUAGGUUAAAAGCAAAACCGUGCCCAAACUUCAAUCUUUUAAAAUCUCGGCUCAGCGGAGGCGGGUCUGCAUGA